AUGCCUCCCCGUGAAGAUCCGUCUACCGAUGUCACACCGCCAAGUAUCCGCGAGCAACUCUCCACACUCAUCGCUAUUUCUACCGCUAAUGUCCGCCGCCUUGAUGCAAUUAUCACACAAAUGGCCACCAUCAACACCCUCAUCGACAUUCAAACCGGAACCAUGGCAAAACUCAUCCCGCCUCCACCUCCGCUUCCACCACCGAAUCAACAAUCAAGGCCGCCAAUAAUGCUAUCCCCACCGCUACCGCCUCCACCAAAGUCGAUUCCAUCAAGUUUGUCACCACAACAACAAUUGUCAUCCUUGCAACCACCGAAAUCAAAAACUAUCUUCGGGAAAAUCCAACCUGUCACAUUCAACAUUCAACGUAGAGACCAACGAUUUUCUGGUUUCAUUCCUCUACAAACUAACUUUUCGGACCUCGAGGACGAGGUCAAUUUUAAAGGUGAGGGAAUUGAUAUGUAUCCCAGGCCAUACUUGAGGCCACCUCCAUGGCCAGGCCCAAUAACCACCUUUUGUGACACUUUUAUGAUGCUUCCUUGA